ACCGGCGAGAAGAGCAGAGCACCUUCUUCUCGCCUUCGAUCUCCCCCCUUAGCCGAGCCCCGCCCGCCAUUAAUGCCCUCGCCCAGUCGACCUUCCUCUUCCUCCUCGCGCAAGUGGCCGGAGAGGUAGACAGAGAGGUCAACCUGAGCUCGAGCUCCUGCAGGCUUCCCGUGAUCCACCGUCUGACAAAGAGGAAAAGGCAGAGCUCGCGGCCGGUGGUGCUAGCAGUAUAUAUCAAAGCUUGCUGGCUGCCCGUCCUCAUCUCGGAGGAGCUUCGAUUUCGUCUUCUUCUUGGGCGAGCUAGCUCGAUCCUUCUGCUGCUUCAAUUCCUGGAGUUCUGGUUUGGGUUGAGUUGAGUUGAGUUUGAUCGGUCGCCAUGGGGAACUGCUUCGGGACCAGGAUCAGCUCCGACAGCCCUUACCGGAGCAGCGCCGCCUCCCCUUCUUCAGGGGACGCGAAGAGCGCGGAGCUGAGGGCGCCUCGGAGCGAGGGGGAGAUCCUGCAGUCGGCCAAGGUGAAGAGCUUCGCCUUCACGGAGCUGCGGACGGCGACGAGGAACUUCAGGCCGGACAGCGUGCUCGGCGAGGGCGGCUUUGGGUCCGUCUUCAAAGGGUGGAUCGACGAGAACACCUUCGCCCCCGCCAGGCCCGGCACCGGCGUCGUCAUCGCCGUCAAGAAGCUCAACCAGGACGGCUUCCAGGGACACCGCGAAUGGCUGGCUGAGGUGAAUUACCUGGGGCAGCUUUCGCACCCGAAUCUGGUGAAGCUCGUCGGGUACUGCCUCGAGGACGAACAGCGGCUCCUCGUCUACGAGUUCAUGCCGCGAGGAAGCUUGGAGAACCAUCUCUUCAGGAGGGGCUCACAUUUCCAGCCACUUUCAUGGAAUCUGAGGAUGAAGGUGGCUCUUGGGGCAGCCAAGGGGCUCGCCUUCCUCCACAGCGACAAGGCCAAGGUCAUCUACCGCGAUUUCAAGACCUCAAAUGUUCUUCUCGAUUCAAGCUACAAUGCAAAGCUGUCUGAUUUUGGGCUGGCCAAGGACGGGCCGACCGGCGACAAGAGCCAUGUCUCCACAAGGGUCAUGGGCACCCAUGGAUAUGCUGCGCCUGAGUAUCUUGCCACAGGGCACCUGACGGCGAAGAGCGACGUGUACAGCUUCGGGGUGGUGCUGCUGGAGCUGCUGUCGGGGCGGCGGGCGCUGGACAAGAACCGCCCCUCCGGCGAGCACAACCUGGUGGAGUGGGCGCGGCCCUACCUCACCAGCAAGCGCCGGAUCUUCCGGAUCCUCGACGCGCGGCUCGGCGGCCAGUACUCCCUCGCCGGGGCGCAGAAGGCGGCGGCGCUCGCGCUGCAGUGCCUCUCCGGGGACCCCAGGAACCGGCCGGGGAUGGAGCAGGUGGUGGCCGCGCUAGGGCAGCUCCAGGACGCCGCUGCCAAGGAGGCGCCGCCGUCGGCCGGCGGCGGCGGGUUCGUCAGGAUGCGCGGCGGGAAGGCGGAGACGGCGGCGGCGGCGGCGGGCGGGUGGCACCGGCGGCAGCAUCAGCAGUACGGCAGGCGGAUGCCGGCGCUGCCGCUGCGCGAGUGAGAAUUUGCUGUAGAUGAUUCUCCUCUCCCGAGUGAUGAGAUGAAAUUGUAAAGCAGAGGCAGCCGCAGAGGAUGGUUUCGUUUCUGAAUGUUGUUAAUUUAGCGCUUCUUCGUUUGUUCUUGUGAAAUUCAGAUCUUCCCCUACAUUUUUGGCUUCUCUCUUACUAGUCUUAGGCAGGAUGAUUGUUUAUGAUGAUAAGCUGAACAACAUGCAGAAACGGCUUCUAAUUUCUACUAACUGUUUAUCUUGUACUAAGUACAAGUUUCAACUUU